CUCAGCACUUCCCCCCCAGCUGUGUCACUGCCAGGCAGGAGAGGCCAAGGGCACCCACGCUGGCACAGGACACGCUGGGCAGCCCCCAGUGAUGCCCCUUCCCUGUUCCUGAGGAUGGCCAUGGAGCUGAGAGCCCUGGUCCUGCUGCUGCUCUGCUUCCCAGGUCUCCAAGGCCAAACCCCAGAAACCCAGAGACGACGGGAAGGGGACACUCUGUAUAUCCAGUGUCCUUAUACACCGGAGACUACUCGCCAGCGCACAAAAUACUGGUGCCUCCCCCUGGGAAAUAAACAAUGUCAAGAAGUAGUGCGCACUUACUCUGAAAGCAUCCAACAGUCCCACGAUGGGAGAACUAAAAUAAAGGAUGACCCCACCACUAAGACUGUUUCCGUCACCAUGGCUGACCUCAAGGCAGAGGACUCAGGCACAUAUUUCUGUGCUCUUUACAAAUCUUACUAUGACUAUCCACGGCUAAGGACGAUCUCACUGAAUGUUUUCAAGGAGCUGCUCCAGUGGGAGCUGGACACCCUGACAGUGCAGUGCCCAGCGGGGAGUGAUGCCUGGUGCCGAGGGCAGGCAGACUGCACGGGCCCGGUGAGGAAACAAACACAGCCUUCAAAACAGAGUGAAAUUAAAUCCCUGCAAGGCACAGUGUCAUUGCAGUAUAAGGCUCAAGGAGCUCUCGUUGUCACCAUGAAGAACCUGAAGGCCCGGGACUCUGGUGUGUACUGGUGUGCACAGGGCGUGGAGCGCACCCGGAAAAUGGAGGUCGUGCUCUCUGUGUUCAAGAGGACCCAGAAGCUCUCAGCCAAGGAGUCAGGCAAUGUCUCUGUCCAGUGCCACUACAAGAUCGCAGACUACGAGACUGUCAGCAAAGCCUGGUGCAAAAAGGAAGAGGGGGAAAUGUGUAACGUGCUGGUCACCACCCGACCAGAGUCCCCAGCAGGAAACAGCACGGCUCGGAAGCGUGUCAGGAUCCAGGAUGACACCCGGCAGGGCAUUGUCACUGUCACCAUGGAGCAGCUGCAGGUGCAGGACUCGGGCGUGUACUGGUGCGCGCUCCAGGGCGGCUCCGGUCUGGUCCGCGUGGAGGAGGUCACGCUCAACGUUUCCAAGGCGCUGCCUCCGGGAGGUUUUCCAGGCUCUGAAAGCCAAAGUGAAGAAAUUCUUUUGGGUGACAGCUGCAAUGGGAACACCUUUGUCAUCCUGUCCGUGGUGCUGCUCAUCCUGCUGCUCCUGGCCCUCCUCACCUCCAUAGCCCUGGGUGUCAGGUACUACAAGCUCCUGCUGAGGACAGGUAUCAGAGAAGCACAGGACACCAGUGACAGAGCAGAAGGCACAGCACAGCCUGGCAGCACCGGGAGGAGGGAAAGUUCUCAGGAUGACAGCAAAGGGUCAGCAUACAUCAACCUGGAUGUGAAAUCCCACCCAAACCCCGAGGAUCCUCUUUACUGCAACGUGGAACCGAGUCAGGCUGCCAGGAGCCCCCGGCACGUGGAGUACGCCGUCAUCGCCUUCAACCCGUCCCCAAGGACCGGCAGGGAAUGAAGCACAGAAUCCCAAACAAGCCAGAAACGGGAGGAAGGAACUGGAACACAGAGUGGGAAUGAGGAGUAGGAGGUGUGUGUGGUGUUGCCUGAGCAUUUUCAGCCCUCCCUCCUGUUUUGGGGCCAGGCAGAGGUUUUGCCACGCUUGUGGCAGGUUGUCUCGGGUCAGGCAGAGCUGUGGGGGAAUUCCCAGGAUCUCUUGUACCUCUGCUUUUCCAAUUCCAUUAAAGUGCAGAAUCUUGGAGAGGCAGGUGUGGAGGCCUGGCCUUGUGAA